GUGCGCUCCGUGGAACGCCGGGCCGCGCGCAUAGAACGCCGUGUAACAAUAUUCUUGCUACGUGUCGCGGGGAAGGCCGGCCCCGCACCGCAGCGCAGCCCUGUCCCACACCCCGCACCUACACCCCUACACUCACCCACCCACACCGGCAUGUCCACCCCCGCUCGCAGGAGGCUCAUGAGGGACUUCAAACGGUUGCAGGAGGAUCCCCCAGCCGGCGUGAGCGGAGCGCCCUCGGAGAACAAUAUCAUGGUCUGGAAUGCGGUUAUAUUUGGGCCGGAAGGAACACCUUUUGAAGAUGGUACUUUUAAACUCACAAUAGAAUUCACAGAAGAAUAUCCCAACAAGCCGCCCACAGUUAGAUUUGUUUCAAAAAUGUUUCAUCCAAAUGUCUAUGCAGAUGGCAGUAUAUGUCUGGAUAUACUGCAGAAUCGCUGGAGUCCAACUUAUGAUGUGUCUUCAAUUUUAACAUCUAUACAGUCUUUACUGGAUGAGCCAAAUCCGAACAGUCCGGCCAACAGCCAGGCAGCACAGCUGUAUCAGGAGAACAAACGAGAAUAUGAAAAGCGGGUAUCUGCAAUAGUGGAACAGAGCUGGCGGGACUGUUGACCUUGCCAAGUGCCUACGAACACUGUCAGGCCAUGAGAAUCAUGAAGCGUUUUGAGUCCUCCUUGUUCUAGCAUCAUCACAUUAUUUUGCAAGCUAAACUGCUACAAUGCUGCCACCCGUUUGAAGCCUCUCUCUCCCUGGACGUUGAGUCAAAACAUGUUUUGAAGUGCAUGCACUGUACCUGGGGCACUAACUUGCCAAGGAAUUUUUAAUUUCACUUUCAUCUCUGAUCAUCCACCUUUCCUGAUGUUCUUUCAUAGUCUGUCUGGGCAGUCAGUAUCAGGCACAUAAUAAAGGUGCACUGUAACACAAUGUCAUUUGCAUUGCAUAUUUUGUGCAGGUUUUAUACAUAGCCCAGUGAAUGGAUUUUUCUCGGUGGGAGGGGGGGACACAGGUCUACCCUUGCCAAAAUCCAGCACAACUGGUGCUGAACUGAACUAAAUUGCCAGUGGGUUAAUGUCACUUCUGUUUAUGCAGAUGUGUGCCUCUUCUGAAGCCAGAACUGCAGUUCUUAAUUAAAAGAACUUUUACUGGAAGGUGCUAGUCAAUUUUUGAACUUUUUUGAAAAAAUGUCCGGGGUACUGGAGCUCAGCAGGGUGGUCACUUUUGUGACUGUUUCUAGUUCUCUAGUUCUGUUGAGUAUAGGUGUGUGUGAGCUGUUGCUGCAUGCUUUGUUUUAUUUUUCCUUUCCACUGAAUUAAACAAAGUGCUUUUCACUUUGACGAGAAUUACAGCCAUCAGCAAUCCCAUUAGUUAAGUUAGACCAAACUUGUAUAUUCAGAUACCUAAUGCAGUGAUGUGGGAUAUGGGAAGAGACCCUGUACCUUGUAUUGUCUGAUGUUCAAAGUACUUUUCUCUGCACAUUAGUCUUUUGAAGUGACAGUAUAACUUUGCACUAUAGUAACCCAUGUAAGAAACUGUACAUUUUCUCACUACUUGUAAAUAAAAUUAUAACCUUAA